AUGAGGUCAAUGCCAUAUCAGCAAACGAAUUGGAUAGUGCAGAAAUUUGGAGGCACCAGCAUUGGGAAAUUCUCCAUUAAUAUUGUAGAUGAGGUUAUCAAGGCUUACUCUCAGAAACUUAAUAAAAAGGUUGCGGUAGUGUGUUCUGCUCGUUCAUCAUAUGCAAAGUCAGAAGGAACCACAUCUCGCUUGCUUGAGGCAUGUGAUUUGGCGUCGAAUAAUGACGAAAAUUUCAAACGAAUCCUAGAUUUGGUUCGUGAGGAUCACAUUCGUAAUGCUAAUGAGUUUAUUGGCAAGGAGGAGAUUCGUAAGCAAUUGGUAGACCAAAGUGAAGACGAGUUGGACCAGGUGGAGAGGUUUUUACAUGCUUCGCAAAUCUUGGGGGAAGUAUCUAAUAGAACGAUGGAUUUGGUGAUGUCAGCGGGGGAGAAAUUAUCAUGUUUGUUUAUGACGGCUCUUUGUAAAGAUCGUGGGGUUAUGGCCAAAUAUAUUGAUUUCUCUUCUAUUGUUCCUAACGAUCUUCAAUAUGCUGAUAAUUCGUUGGAUAACGGUUUCUAUGCGUCUUUGAUGCUUGCAUUUAGAGAGCGUUUGUCACCAAUCGUCGAGGCCACUGAGAAAGGUGAAACAGUGGUUCCUAUAAUAACAGGUUUUUUUGGUUUGGUGCCAAUGGGACUACUAACUGGUGUAGGGCGUGGUUACACUGACUUAUGUGCAGCAUUAGUGGCGGUUGUAUUGAAUGCGGAUGAAUUACAAGUAUGGAAAGAAGUUGAUGGUAUCUUCACAGCGGACCCUAGGAAAGUGCCACAGGCCAGGUUACUUGAUUCCGUUACUCCAGAAGAAGCAUCAGAAUUAACUUACUAUGGUUCUGAAGUCAUUCAUCCUUUUACUAUGGAACAAGUUAUUAGAGCGAAAAUCCCUAUUCGCAUCAAAAAUGUGCAGAACCCUCUUGGAGAAGGCACCGUCAUUUAUUCGGAUACUAUUGGAAAGAAAGGUGAGGCAACUCCUCCACAUCCUCCUGUAGCCGUUUCUUCUUCCUUUUUUGAACACAGAAAGAGAGGCGCUACAGCUAUCACAACUAAGAGUAAUAUUGUGGUACUGAAUAUCCAUUCUAAUAAGAAAACUUUAUCUCAUGGGUUUUUGGCACAGAUAUUUACAAUUUUAGACAAGUACAAAUUGGUUGUAGAUUUGAUUUCCACUAGUGAGGUCCAUGUUUCAAUGGCUUUACCAGUUCCAGACCUUGAAUCCGCCAAAAACUUGAGAAAGUCGGUAGAAGAGCUUAAAAAACUUGGUAGCGUUGAUGUUACAAAGAAGAUGGCUAUCGUAUCUCUUGUCGGUAAACAGAUGAAACAGUUUAUCGGUAUUGCAGGUACGAUGUUCACCACUUUGGCAGAACAGAAUAUCAACAUCGAGAUGAUUUCGCAAGGUGCCAAUGAGAUCAAUAUAUCAUGUGUUAUAGAUGAAACUAAUAGUGUUCGAGCACUUCAGUCAAUCCACGCUAAGUUACUGGAGCCACAGGCUGCUCAAGCGACUGAAUCUGCCACCGAAGAUAAACUAGAACAAAUUAGGCAAUUAAGUUUCGCUUAA